GUUUUCAAACGCGAUAGACGCUGGGUGGGAGGGAGGCAGAUUCGGGUGGGGGGUACACCCCCCACCCAAACUAAUUUAGUUUAAGGAUAGUAGCCCCUCAAAUGUUCGGGUUGGCGAGAAAAUGGGUGGUAGAAGGUGUACUCUGGACUAAGAUAAAGAAAAGAAAGACAAGAAGAAUGAGGAAGAGCGGGGCAAAGGAGAGAAGAAGGGCGCCGAAUGGGAGAAGAAAGAAGAGGAGAAAGGAGAGCGGUGGAGGAAGGGCCAGACGAGGAGGGCAGUUGAGGAGGAUCCUGGAGAGAAAGAAUAUUGAACCAGAACUAGAGGAUCAAGACAUAAUGGGAGCAUUUUUAGACAAGCCAAAGAUGGAAAAGCAUAAUGCCCAGGGGCAGGGUAAUGGGUUGCGAUAUGGGCUAAGCAGCAUGCAAGGCUGGCGCGUGGAAAUGGAGGAUGCACACACGGCUGUGAUCGGUUUGCCAAGUGGACUUGAAACAUGGUCAUUCUUUGCUGUGUAUGAUGGGCAUGCUGGUUCUCAGGUUGCCAAGUACUGCUGUGAGCAUUUGUUAGAUCACAUCACCAAUAACCAGGACUUUAAAGGGUCUGCAGGAGCACCGUCUGUGGAAAACGUCAAGAAUGGAAUCAGAACAGGUUUUCUGGAGAUUGAUGAACACAUGCGAGUUAUGUCCGAGAAGAAGCACGGUGCAGAUAGGAGUGGGUCAACAGCGGUGGGGGUCUUAAUUUCACCCCAGCACACUUACUUCAUUAACUGUGGAGACUCAAGAGGUUUACUUUGUAGGAACAGGAAAGUUCACUUCUUCACACAAGAUCACAAACCAAGUAAUCCGCUGGAAAAAGAACGAAUUCAGAAUGCAGGUGGCUCUGUCAUGAUUCAGCGUGUGAAUGGCUCUCUGGCUGUAUCGAGGGCUCUUGGGGAUUUUGAUUACAAGUGUGUCCAUGGAAAAGGUCCUACAGAGCAGCUUGUCUCUCCAGAGCCUGAAGUCCAUGACAUUGAAAGAUCUGAAGAAGAUGAUCAGUUCAUUAUCCUUGCAUGUGAUGGUAUCUGGGAUGUCAUGGGAAACGAAGAGCUCUGUGAUUUUGUAAGAUCCAGACUUGAAGUCACUGAUGACCUUGAGAAAGUUUGCAAUGAAGUAGUCGACACCUGUUUGUAUAAGGGAAGUCGAGACAACAUGAGUGUGAUUUUGAUCUGUUUUCCAAAUGCACCCAAAGUGUCACCAGAAGCGGUGAAGAAGGAGGCAGAGUUGGACAAGUACCUGGAAUGCAGAGUAGAAGAAAUCCUAAAGAAGCAGGGGGAAGGCGUCCCGGACUUAGUCCACGUGAUGCGCACAUUAGCCAGCGAGAACAUCCCCAGCCUCCCUCCAGGGGGCGAACUGGCCAGCAAGCGGAAUGUAAUUGAAGCCGUUUACAAUAGACUGAAUCCUUACAAAAAUGAUGACACUGACUCUACAUCAACUGAUGAUAUGUGGUAAAACUGCUCAUCUAGCCAUGGAGUUUACCUUCACCUCCAAAGGAGAGUACAGCUUGAACCUUUUAACAUCCAUCCUCAACUCUAAGGAAGGGGAUAUGACGUGGGUGAGAGAGAUUACACCAGAGAACUUCAGCAGUACAACAGCUAGCCCAGAACUGAUUUUUUUUUUGUAAAUUUGAGACUUAUGUAAACGUGAUUUCAACCAUAAUUCAUGUUGUAAAUCAGACUCCAGCAAUUUUUGUUGUAUGAUUUUGUUUUUUUGUAAAGUGUAAUUGUCCGUGUACAAAAUGCUCAUAUUUAAUUAUGAACUGCUUUAAAUCACUAUCAAAGUUAAAAGAUAUGUUUGGCUUGUUGUGUGAAGCAACAGAUACAUAACCCUUUCAAGUCAUGUUAUGUUUGGACUUGGGGUUGGGACAGGGAGAGCAGCAGCCGUGUCAGCUAGACACUCAAAUAUGCGCGUGAUUAUGGGGAAUAAUUACAAAAUUGGACAUCCAAGGAGUUGCUGGAAACCAUCUUAAUGUUCUUGGUGGGAGGAUUGGCGCCACUGAUACAGCCAUUCCCUUCAUUUAACUGUCUUUCCGAAUGUUCUCUCCUUGUUGCCAUGAGUAUUGCAGGUAAUACAGUAUAUUCAUAAGAACAUCAAUCUUGAGGCUCAAACGCCUUGAUUCUUUGCACCUCUUUUACAAGUCCUUACAUUUAAUUACUAAUUGAUAAGCAGCAGCUUCCUACAUAGAGGAGGAGACUGCCAUAUUUUUGCUAUCAUGAUUGGCUGGGCCUGCUGCUGUCCUAGUAAGAUACUCUGAAUUCCAUUUUAUCAAUAAAGCUUGAUUUAACAAACAAGAAGUUUAAUCAUGUAUGUGUAAUUCCUCUUGUACCCCUGCCUUUUAAAAUACCCAGUGCCAUUGUAAAUGAAAUUUUCUCAUAGGGACAGUUGGUAGUCUCUUUUAAUUGGAUGAUACUGUUAUUCAAGGCAUAGAUGGAACUGUUUCUGUUCUGUUAGAAAGACUAGAAGAUUUAAGUCUCUGUUGUUCCUUAAUCUAUUUUUUUAACUAAGUUUCUUUUGGGCUGCUUGUUUUUCAUUAAGAUGUGCAUCAGCUUGACUUUGCCUACUGUUUAAUUAAAAUAAUUGUCAAAGUUC